AUGGAACCUCCAUCAGAUAAAGUCGGUGACGAGGGAGACACUUGCCGGAUAUGUCGUGGGGAAGGCUCGGUAGAGGAGCCGCUCUUCUAUCCCUGCAAGUGCAGUGGUAGCAUCAAGUUCGUUCAUCAAGACUGCUUGAUGGAGUGGCUGUCACACUCUCAAAAGAAGUACUGCGAACUAUGCAAGACUCCUUUCAGGUUCACCAAGCUGUACCAUCCCACUAUGCCCUCGCGCAUCCCCACGUCCAUCUUCCUGCGCCGCGCCGCUCUUCAUCUUAUCCGGAUGGUCGGGAAAUGCUUCCGCGCCUUGUUGGUCGCUGCUGUCUGGCUCGUAAUUCUGCCAUACAGCGUGCGCAUGGUUUGGCGUAGUCUUUUCUGGAUGGGCGAUGCCGGCAUGCUCCAACCGCGUCCUACCCGGAUGUCCAACAUUGGGAUGGCGUCAAUAUCUAACGCUGAACCCUUACGCCGGACGAUCGAUUCUACCAUCGGGACCACUCACACGGAUAACUCCAUGUGGAUACCCGUUCUUUUCCUUCAGCUGUCGAAUAUGAGCGCUGUUGAAAUCAUGAAAGCCCUCCUAUUUGGCCUGUUCCCCACAGACAUCGUCAUCCCUACCGAAGAUGGCCCCACUGCUCGUCCUGUUCCCAUGCGGCACCCCACGUUACUUUCUGGAGUCUCAUUUCUCCACUGUUUCAACUCUGAACGUGCUAACAGGCUGCUCAUCUACGUGCUCGAAGGACAGAUCAUCACCCUCGGCAUCGUCGUCGGUUUCAUCCUCAUCUUCCUCAUAAGAGAAUGGGUUGUCCAGCAACAACCCGUGAUAAAUAUGGCUGCGCUUGCUGCAGAGCCUAUCCCUGCCCCCGUUCCAGAGCGCGUUGAGGUGGACCAUAAUCCUCAAGGAGCUGGGGAUGACCUUGUUGGUUUUGAGCACGAGACUGAAGAUGAUUCUGAUUCCGACGCCGGGACACAUGAGCACGUUCACGAUGACGAAAAUACGGAAAGUGAUCAAGCGCGCACAGUCCCAACCCAGGGAGAAUCCAGUGAGAGUGCUCGUGCAGGAGUUGAGGGUGGAUGCGAUCCUCGCGUGAGACCCAAUAUGCCAGCCCGGGACCGGUCAUUCAUCGCCAACGAGAUCCGCCGCAGUAUGGAAGAAGGUGAGACGUGGUCCUUUCGAUCGGUCCCCGAGACCACUCAGGAGCGAUCCGAUUCUACUAGAGACCAUUUACCUGACAACUGGGAUGACGAGGGGCCUGAUACCGUGGGCGAGGAUACCUCUGGAGGAACAGACGAGGUUCGAGGACAGGGUAGUGAACGCAGUAGUGAGAGCUGGCAACAUAUCGAACAUGUCCUGACGAACCCGGGAGAUGCGGUUGAAGAGCAGGGGCACGACAUGGGCUCGGAGCAAAAUGCGGCCACCAUGUCAACUGCUAUUCAGAAUGCCUUCAACCCCGAGCAGGAUGAUGCACUCGCCGCUAUGGAUCCACCCGAAUGGACGCAAUCAGCUGGCUCUCCUGCAACGUCUGAAGACGAAGCUGAGAUGCUGGAAUUGGAUUCUGCCAGGGCCGUGGAUAUUCCGAAUGCAGGUGGGGUUGCAAACCUCGAGCUAGUGCCGCAACCUCGACGCCAGGCAGCACGCGCUGCGCGAAAUCCGUGGGAGCGUCUGCUAGAUUGGGUCUACGGAGAUAUCGCCCCUGAUGCACACGCCGACGAUGGCGACGCCAAUGACGAACGUGUCGUCCAAGAUAUGGGGAAUGAAGCUCCGUUCGUGCCUUUCGAGGACAAUGAGCCGCGUCCUGCCAUAAAUCCUCCUGUACAAGACCCCGAAGUGGCGGCAGCCGCAGCCCGGGCAGGCAUCAAUCUUAACGACGAAGAAGCCAUCGAAGCCGCAGAAGACCUUGAAGGCAUAAUGGAACUGAUUGGUAUGCAAGGGCCACUCAUUGGACUAUUCCAAAAUGUGGUGUUCUGCUCUGUGCUUGUAGUUCUCACGCUUGCCUUCGCAGUUUGGGUUCCAUAUCUGCUCGGGAAAGGCGUGUUCUUAUGCGUUGCCCAUCCUGUCGCCUUUCUCCUGAAGAUUCCUUUACGAGCCAUCUCUGGAACAGUGGAUCUCAUUGCCGACACCGGCCUUUUCUUGAUCUCAUCCGUAAUCUCUAUCUCGGCUCGAACCCCUGGAUUCUUCGUGAAGCGCUUCGCUUCCCUUCGACUCUUCGAGGUCAUUCAAAACUUGCUCGACUCGGUUUCAAUGCCGGCAGAAACCGUAUCUAGGAAUGCAGGGGAACGGCUCGGCCGUUGGAUGGUUGGCCUACAGAAUCCCGAUGCACGAGGUCCCCAAACCUCCAUAAGCUCACUCAUGGCACUACGGGCUAUUCAACGUGCCAUAAAACACACAGUGGGACAAACCGCAACUAACAUCUUGGAUAUAUAUAACACUCUUGCGGCACAUUCAGUUCUGGGAGCGGCGCAUUGGAUAGUCCGUCGGCUGCAUGUCACUCUGCUCCUGCGCUCUACUAAGAUAAUUGAUACGGUUUCGACGCUGGCCUCUUGGAUCUGGAAAUCGAGCUCCUACAAAAUGACCCUUGAUCUGGACUGGCGAAAGGAUGUCGCAACGCCGGUUGAUACAAUAGAAGUGUGGACCGCGACCGACCGGCUUGUUGCUGUACUUGCAGGCUAUGCGCUUAUUGCCAUGCUUGGUGCAAUCUAUCUCAAAUAUGGGCCGGUGAGCUCGUCGCAGCAAGGCCGUAAGCUUGAGAACGCCAUCGCAGAAGUUCUUCACCAAGCUGGCGGAGUACUCAAGGUGAUCUUGAUCAUCAGCAUCGAGAUGCUCGUUUUCCCGCUAUAUUGCGGCCUGCUCCUCGAUUUCGCCAUGCUCCCGUUGUUCCAACAUGCUAGCCUUCACAGCCGGUGGCAAUAUGCUACGCAGAAUCCAUGGACAUCCGGCUUUGUUCACUGGUUCAUUGGCACGUGCUACAUGUUCCACUUCGCUCUCUUUGUAUCCAUGUGCCGCAAGAUCUUGAGGAAAGGCGUGUUAUACUUCAUUAGAGAUCCUGACGAUCCUACCUUUCACCCUGUUCGGGACGUUCUUGAGCGAAGCGUGGCGACGCAGCUACGGAAGAUUGCCUUCAGUGGACUUGUUUACGGCGUGUUGAUCGUCGUAUGUCUCGGAGGGGUUGUUUGGGGACUUGAAAAAGCUACAAUCGGUGUGCUCCCCAUUCGAUGGGCGACAACGGCGUCUAGUAUCGAACUGCCGCUGGAUCUUUUCUUCUACAAUUUUCUUACGCCCUUCAUCCUAAGUUAUUACAAACCUAGCGAUGCAGUGCAUGAGAUCUAUCAAUGGUGGUUCAAAAACUGUGCUAGAGUCCUGAGACUGUCAAAUUUCCUCCUCGGGGAGAAGAUCCCCGCCGAAGAAGGACAUCAUGCUGGUCGCGCUUACUUCACAUUUGAUGGCAGAUAUGUACGCGCCCCUGCCUCGGAUCAGACCCGAAUCCCCAAGGGAGAGACUGCUUUUGUGGAAGUUGACGAGUUCAAUCGUCGCAAAGACGGUAAGGAGGAAGGCGGAGUUCACAACUCGGACAUGGUUAUCAAAGUUUAUCUUCCGCCACACUUUCGCGUCCGCAUCGCGCUCUUCGUCCUCGCCAUAUGGGCUUUUGCGGCGGCUACCGGGUUAGGUGUCUCCAUCUUGCCGCUUCUUUUCGGCAGACGCCUUUUCUCCUUGGUCUUGUCUCCGGCGGUCCAGAUGAAUGACAUCCAUGCCCUUUCCCUAGGCCUAUAUACCAUGGCCGCCAUCGCGUACGUCCUGUACCAACUCUGGAACUUCCUGUCGAGUCUUAGGGAACCGGAAUCCUCAAGCCUCUCCAGAAUUUCUGCUUUAGCCUCUACAGCAUUCCAUUAUUUGUUGCGGGUCGCACGCAUCUGCUACGUAUGGGGUUCUAUCGCAUUGGUCAUUCCUACAUUGUUCGCCUUUUUCCUUGAGUUCUAUUUGAUCCUGCCACUGCACGAAUAUUUGGGUCCAGGAGAGCCUCAUGUGGUUCAUAUAAUCCAGGACUGGACGCUCGGCUUUCUCUACGGCCGAUUGCUAACGCGGAUCAUGUUCGCGGACCGCAAUUCCCGUCCCGGUCAAGCUUGGAGAGCCAUCAUCGCCGACGGCUUUCUCGACCCCAAUGCGCGCAUCACCACGCGCUGCUUCCUUGCGCCGGCCGUGGUUUUCUUCACAGUCGCCGCUGCGGUCCCCAUGGGCAUUGCCUGGACACUCAAUCAUACCUUUUGGGCAGGCGCACCCGCGGACACCCGGAGCGAAGUAUGGCGGUUCAGUUUUCCGGUUGUUGGGAUGGCGUUUUUGGCGGUAUGGCUGGGCAGGGCCGGGGUCAGGAUGAUUAAUAGAUGGCGGAUGGUCGUCCGCGACGAGGUGUAUUUGAUUGGAGAAAGGCUGCAUAAUUUCGGGGAGAAGAGGCCUCCACAGCAGGGAGGGCAGCGUUCCCCGGACGCUGUAGCUGUGUAA